AUGACAGUUGUGCUUGAGGAUCCAGAGACCAGCGGCUUGAGGCCCUGCUCAAUAAGAGCACUCACGUCGACGUCUCCGAUAAGAGUUUCAAUGUCUCCCAACGUCGACUCCGACUCGUUGCCCAAGACAACAGACACCAGCGGGUCCGACGACGAAACUUGUUGGUCAAGUCUCUGGAAAAGCUCCUUGGCUUUCACGUCGUCGAACGAGAUCAUUUGA